CGAUUACUUGGAAUCCCCGGUGGCCAACCACAUACCAACAAGUUCGUCUCCUCUGUCUCUGUCUCUCUGUCUCUCUCUCUCAUAGAGACCUCUUCUUAGGGUUCCUUCGAUUACCUGUCAGCGAAGGGAAAAAGCAUUCGAAUCAUCGUCAUCGUCAUCGUCAUCGUCGUCUGUGAGAUUCCCUGUUUGUCUCGGGUUCCGCCUUCGAUUUUCGUUCAAGAUUUUAAUUUGCUGUGAUUUUUUACUAGACAUUUUUGUAAAUUGUCGGGGGGUUGAUGGAUUUGAUCUGCUAGUUGAUUUGAGAAUUAUUGGGAAGCUUUAAAAAUUCGAAAUUUGAGGUUUGCUCUGUAAACUUUCGUGAUUCUCUCUGACUUUUUGGACACCUUUAAGGAACUCUAAACUGCAAAUUACGAUAAAGGUAGAAUUGCUCAUUUCGUGAAGCGUUUACUUUGCUUGCUAGAUAUUCUUCUUUCUACCGUUGAUUGAUAACUUGAAGGACUUUAAUAAAGUGAAGUUUGCAAAUUUGGGCUGCUUGUGGAGCUUCCAUUCUGGACAGAUCCAACGAAUUUGAGUUGCUUGAUCUGGAAUUUAAUUGCCACGUAACAUUACUGAAGUGGGUUUUGCUUUGGAACCGUCUUAAACUUAGGUUAUUCGUGGAUUCUUGCAAAGGGAUUUGUUUGGUUGAGUUAAAGGUGUCGUGCUGAGUAAUUAAAUUUAUGAUUUGGAACGGGUUAUGGCUGCGGGUAUGGAUCUUUCGCCUCCAUUUGCGAUAUUAGAAGGUGGUUACAAUAACAUGGAUAAUGUAUCUACUAUGGAAGAUCAGAGCUCGGAGAGCUUGAAUAAUUUGAAAAAAAUGACAAAUGGAAAACCUCCACGGCAUCUUUCAGUUAUGCGGCAUAGCAUGUGCUCGAUGAGGCUGCUGGCCACUGCUGAGUUGGAUUUGGAUGUCAGUAUUAUUUCCAGUAAAUCUCCUUCUGAUGAAAAGUCAGAUUUCUUACCCAUGCUCCGCUCGGGGAGCUGUGCAGAAAGAGGACCUAAACAGUACAUGGAGGAUGAGCACAUAUGUGUAGAUAAUCUUAUUGAACAUCUAGGUGCAACUGCUGACUUCCCUUCUCCUGGGGCUUUCUAUGGGGUGUUUGAUGGCCAUGGAGGUACAGAUGCAGCAUCAUUUGUCAGACAUAACAUCCUUAGAUUCAUAGUUGAGGACUCCCAAUUCCCAAUCUGUGUAGAGAAGGCAAUUAAGAGUGCUUUUGUUAAAGCUGAUUAUGCAUUUGCUGAUGCCAGUUCUCUUGAUAUCUCCUCUGGCACCACUGCUCUAACUGCACUUAUUUUUGGCAGGACAAUGAUAAUUGCAAAUGCCGGGGAUUGUCGUGCAGUUCUUGGGAGGCGAGGUAGGGCAAUCGAGAUGUCAAAGGACCAUAAACCCAAUUGCACAUCUGAAAGAAUAAGAAUUGAGAAACUUGGUGGUGUCAUAUAUGAUGGAUACCUCAAUGGCCAAUUAUCCGUGGCUCGUGCGUUAGGAGACUGGCACAUGAAGGGCCCCAAAGGUUCCGCCUGCCCUUUAAGUGCAGAACCAGAGUUGCUGGAGACAUGCCUGACUGAGGACGAUGAGUUCUUGAUAAUGGGUUGCGAUGGCCUGUGGGAUGUAAUGAGCAGCCAGUGUGCUGUCACUAUGGCGAGGAAAGAAUUGAUGCUCCACAAUGAUCCUGAAAGAUGCUCAAGAGAGCUGGUCAGAGAGGCACUCAAGCGCAACACCUGUGAUAAUUUAACGGUUAUUGUGGUGUUUUUCUUCAGACCCUCCCCUCGGAUAGAGAUACCUCAAUCCCGAGUUAGGAGGAGUAUAUCAGCGGAAGGAUUGAAUUUACUCAAAGGCGUAUUGGACUGUAAUUCAUGAUUAGGAAGGGGAAUGGUUGAAAGAUUGAUGUACAUAUAUUGAGGUGACUAUUGGUUAAGGGCAUUUUAGCCCCUGAGCUGCUGCUGCACCCAUUUACUUGGGCUACUCCCACUGCACUUGUUGCUUUUGUUCUAUUUGUUGCUCCCUUUUCGAUGGCUGGCAUUCAGCCUCAUUCAUAGAAAUAAAAUUAUUUAGGAUUGAUUUUCA